UGCUGGGUCUCCAGAUGCUUCACCAUGGAAGGGUCCUUCCGACUGCUGGCCUACUUGAUCUGUGUCAUCCUGAUGGGAUCACUUGUAAGAACUAAAAGAGACACUACUGAGAAUUUGCUCAACACAGAGGUGCACAGCGCCCCGGCGCAGCGCUGGUCUAUGCAGCUGCCCACCGAGGUGAGCGCGGAGGCCGGCGAGGCGGCAGUGCUGCCCUGCACCUUCACGCACCCGCACCGCCACUACGCGGGGCCGCUGACGGCCAUCUGGCGCGCGGGGGCGCCCUACGCCGGCCCGCAGGUGUUCCGGUGCUCAGCAGCGCGCGGCAGCGAACUCUGCCAGACCGCACUGAGCUUGCACGGCCGCUUCCGCCUGCUGGGUAAUCCGCGCCGCAAUGAUCUGUCGCUGCGCGUCGAGCGCCUCGCCCUGGCCGACAACGGCCGCUACUUCUGCCGCGUCGAGUUCGCCGGCGACAUCCACGACCGCUACGAGAGCCGCCACGGCGUCCGGCUGCGCGUGACCGCCGCGCCACGGAUCGUCAAUGUCUCCGUGGUGCCUGGCCCGGCACACGCCUUCCGCGCCCUCUGCACAGCUGAAGGGGAGCCACCGCCCGAUCUCACCUGGUCCGGCCCGGCGCUGGGCCAUAGUUUGGCCUCCCUCCGGGGCCAAGGUCACGGCCACCAGGUGACCGCCGAGCUGCCCGCGCUCACCCGCGACGGCCGCUACACGUGCACGGCCACCAACAGUCUGGGCCGCGCAGAGGCCAGCGUCUACUUGUUCCGCUUCCACGGCUCCAGCGGGGCCUCUGCGCUGGCGCUUCUGCUUGGCACGCUGGGCCUCAAGGCGCUCCUGCUGCUCGGUGCACUGGCCGCGGGCGCUGCCCGCCGCCGCCUAGGUGCGUGCCCCUUGAACCUGCCCACCCAGGACACCCAUCCUCGGCCCCAGGCUCAGGAAUCCAGUUAUGAAAAUCUGGGCCAGAUGAACUCCCGGAGCCCACAGUCCACCACAUGGUCCCCACGAGGAGCUACUCAGACACCAGCAUCCACUUGUGCACCGUCAAAGUGAAGGCCAGA